UCCCAGAGGAAAAGACACUGACUGUCGUCUGUCACUGACAUCGAGUUUGACAAACCGCAGACCACAAGGUAACGCUCACGUCAGACGUCUGCUGUAAAAGUUAAGUUAUACCUAUAAAAAUAUAGUCUCGACGCCCAACCAAUCUUCGAGUAUUUAUCCGCUGCCCUAUUUAUCAUCAAUUACUGUCAAUAUUAUUGUGAUUGAAGAUUCUAACUAUGUGGGGGGGCCGCCGUCUGGUACACAUCCCCAGCGAAUCGACAAUUAAGAGGAAAAUCUUUCCAAAAUCAGUCUUCCCACAGGCUAUUGCCUCUCAGACGGACGUCAGCCAGGUAACCUCAACCUCCCCACUGUGACAUCACUCAUGGCAGUAACUAUCCAGUAGGUAGUCUCACCAUUCACCCCUUGACAGGAAGAGAAUGCUGCUGAUCCCCAAGAUUACGAGGCCAGCACGUUACCAUCUGUUUGAUAUUUCAUAGUUCCAUAAUAGCUAUUAUGAACUUAACAGAGGAAUCCUUGUUUGCUAGUAUCCCAAAGAGAAGAAAAUGACAUCAGAUGCCUGAUGUAAAGAUAUGGAAGUUGGAAAUUGUUUUUAUAGUUUUAUCAGUUUUUCCAUUCUGAAAAAACACAUGAGCUAUAUAUUAUUAAAAUUAUCAUAUGAUAAAUUACUGUGAUAAAUGAUCUGACAUUUUCUGUGACAGAAUAUUGCAAUUGUUGUAACAAGAUGUUUUAGUUUAAAAGUACCUUUAUAAGUUUCUGAAAAGGUUUACCUUGUCUUGUAAUUUAUAGUACGCAUAUUAGUUUUUUCAUCUGUAUUGUAACUUGUAUAUAAAUUCAUUACUUUUUUGUGUAAAGACAGUAUUUUCAGUAAGUAUAAUUGGGGUGAGGAAAUAUGAAUGAAGUGGACUGAAAAUGUGCUAGACUAGAUUUUGAACAUGCCAAAGAAUAUUGAUGUAGUUUGCUGAUGUAAGAAUUCUAGACUUAGGUGCUGAAAGGUGAGUGAAAUUGGCUUCCUCUUGAAUCACUUAUUAUAUGAAUGUUUGGCCUAAUAUUGACCUCUUUUCAACAUUUCUUUUGGAUUAUGCUGAAAUAUUUGUGAGCAGAAAAGCUUGGUAGGGUGCAGCACUGUACAUUUAUUAGGCAUUGAAAAUGGCAGCUGUUUUUCAAUUUAUAGUAUAUUGAUUUUUUUAUCUGUAUUGUAACUUGUAUAUAAAUUCAUUACUUUUUUGUGUAAAGACAUUUAUUAGGCUGUGAAAAUGGCAGCUGGAAACUCAUUAUCGUUGCCUUUAAUCAAACAAGAAAAGGGAAAUUUGGAGGAUGAGUUUACUGAAGUCACAGUGGACGGCCCCUUUUUUAUAGAAUCUGGCAUAGAAGUUAAGGAGGAGACAGAAUUCAUUGACUGUAGUGAAUUUGAUGUGCAACAGUCGUUUGAGUCUGUAAAGAGAGAAGAGGAAUUCCAGGCUUUUGAUGAAGACUAUGGAGAGACUGUUGAUGAAGCUUACCAAAAAGACAGCAAUAAUGUGGACAUUUUUUCUGAGGAAACUGAUGUGGAAGAGAAGCGGAUAGCUCGCAUGAAAGCUAAAUAUGGUGAGAAAUUGUACACUUGCUCUGAAUGUCAGAAAAGUUUUUGUAGCCCAAGUCUUCUGAAGAGGCACAUCAGAGUACAUUCUGGAGAGAAACCAUUUAUGUGCACAGAAUGCCCAAGAACCUUUUCUUAUCUAUCUAGUCUAACAGCCCACUUCAGAACACAUACUGGAGAGAAACCAUUCACUUGCCCUUUAUGUCAGAAAGGUUUAUCCUGCUCCACUGGUCUCAAAAAGCACUUGAGAACUCAUACCAGAGAGAGGCUCACUUGCUCUGAAUGUCCAAUGAGUUUUCUCCACAAGAAAAGUCUGUGGAUACACAUGAGAAGUCAUACUGAAGGAAAAACUUACACUUGCUCUGAGUGUCCAAGUAGUUUUGCUCAUCUGGAUCAAUUUUCAAGACACAUGAGAUCUCAUACUAGAGGGAAGCCAUUUAUUUGUCCACUGUGCCAGAAGAGCUUUGCCAUCUCAAGUCGUCUCAAAAUCCACAUGAGAACUCAUACUGGAGAGAGACCUUUCACUUGUCCUAAAUGCCACAAAGGCUUUGCAAUCGCAAGUAAUCUCAAACUUCACAUGGGAGUUCACAGUGGGGAGAAACCUUACACUUGCAGUGAAUGUCAGAGAAGUUAUUCACAUUCCAGUACACUCAGGAAACACAUGGCAACUCAUACAGGAGAGAAGUCAUUUACAGAAGAGAAACCAAUUGUCUGCACUGAAUGUCAUGCCAGUUUUUCUCGUGCAGAUAGUCUGAAAAGGCACUUGAAAACUCACACUGGAGAGAAGCCUUACACUUGUCAUGAUUGCCAAAGUAGUUUCGCACAACUGAGUUCCCUCAAAAACCAUAUGAGAAUUCAUACAGGGGAAAGGCCAUUCUCGUGCACAGAAUGUCCAUGUAGUUUUUCUCACGUGACCCACCUUAAAAGGCAUAAGCGGAUUCACACAGGUGAGAAGCCUUAUGCCUGCACUGAAUGUCCAAGUAGUUUUUCUCUCUCUGGUCAUCUCAAAGCACACAUGAGGUGUCAUACAAAAGGGAAGACAUAUACUUGCAAUGAAUGUCAAAGAAGUUUUGAUCGUUUAGAUAAUCUUACAAUACACAUGAAGAGUGCUUUGAAAAUGGCAGCUGGAAACUCAUUAUCGUUGCCUUUAAUCAAACAAGAAAAGGGAAAUUUGGAGGAUGAAUUUAUUGAAGUCACAGUGGACGGCCCCUUUUUUAUAGAAUCUGACAUAGAAGUUAAGAAGGAGACAGAAUUCAUUGACUGUAGUGAAUUUGAUGUGCAACAGUCGUUUGAGUCUGUAAAGAGAGAAGAGGAAUUCCAGGCUUUUGAUGAAGACUAUGGAGAGACUGUUGAUGAAGCUUACAAAGAAGGCAGCAAUAAUGUGGACAUUUUUUCUGAGGAAACUGAUGUGGAAGAGAAGCGGAUAGCUCGCAUGAAAGCUAAAUACGGUGAGAAAUCGCACACUUGCUCUGAAUGUCAGAAAAGUUUCUGUCGCCCAAGUCUUCUGAAGAGGCACAUCAGAGUACAUUCUGGAGAGAAACCAUUUAUGUGCACAGAAUGCCCAAGAACCUUUUCUCAGCCAUCUGGUCUAACAGCCCACUUCAGAACACAUACUGGAGAGAAACCAUUCACUUGCCCUUUAUGUCAGAAAGGUUUAUCCUGCUCCACUGGUCUCAAAAAGCACUUGAGAACUCAUACCAGAGAGAGGCUCACUUGCUCUGAAUGUCCAAUGAGUUUUCUCCACAAGAAAAGUCUGUGGAUACACAUGAGAAGUCAUACUGAAGGAAAAACUUACACUUGCUCUGAGUGUCCAAGUAGUUUUUGCUCAUCUGGAUCAAUUUUCAAGACCACAUGA